AUGGCGACCGGCGAGGUGCUUGUCUAUUGUACUACUGUCGCAUGUCUCUGCUCAAUGACGGCGAAAUGCGGCAAGGAGGGUGUGCGGGCGGACGAACGGAGGUGUGGCUGGUGGCGUGGAGCUCGACCUCGGAGGCAGACAGAGACGAGACGACCGGAGGCCAAGGUGGGACCAGCGCGGCUGCAAAGGCUGACGCAUGCGGAGGUGGAGGAGGACGCGCGAUGGGCCGUUGGGGAUCUGGUGACGAGGAAGGGGGUUGUAACACCUUAG